AUGGCUUCUCUUCAAUCUACCGAUACUCCUCCCGCUACUCGACCAAGCCCAGAUAGAAACGCUUCCUAUUCGAAUCAGCCCAAUUCAAACUCAAAAAGCAGUUUUCCGACUCCCAAGAGAGCUCAUACUUACCACUCGCCGUCAGCCUCUGAGAAGAAUGGAGAUGCCGCAGCCACCACCGACACUCCCGACACAUUUGACACCACCGAGAACAACUCCGAUAAUGAGGAUUUCCCAGAGAUCCCACGAGCGUCGAUCGAACUUGACGAUCUGCCAAUCGAGCUGAUUACCUUGACUGAUAGCUUCGUGGAAUCGCUCUCUGCCAAGGUGCACUCUACUCCACCGAAUAUCGCCAAGCUGUCUCAGCUCUUUCAAGAUUUCUAUGCUCAGGCAUCAUCCAAUAUCGCCACACACAUUAGCGCCCUUGCCUCACGCCAAAGCCGCGAGAAUUCGCAACCUCCGUCACCGCCAUCUUCCGUUGCCAGCCGCCUUCGGUCAAAAGCAGCCUCGUUAGGCUCUAAAGACAAGCCAAAGGCAGAGGUGGAGCAACAGAUGAUCACCCCCGAAGAGCUAACAAAUCGCAAGAAAGCAAGAAAAGCCCUGGAAGCGAAACGAAGUCUCCUCGAGGAGGCUGUAGAGCGGAGGCUUUGCGAGGGUAUAUAUGACCGAAUCUAUCGCCACAGGAGCACGCAAGAUGAAGCUCAGGAUGCAAAACUCAGAUCUAAAACUGCUGCUCUGGCCCUUGUGGGUAUCGGACCAUCUGAUCUAGGAAUAGACUUGGGCGAGGGGGGCUCAGAAUCCGAAAAGUCUACAGCCGAAAAGACCGAAAUCAUACGAAGUCAACUAGAGUCUGCAAGAAAAGAUCUGAUUCGAAUGGGCGAAUCGAGGUACCCUCUUGGCAAGUUAAAUCGUCUCAAAGCUGCGCACAAGAGUAUCGUUGAUACACUUGCUCAAUUUCAUCCUUCUGCUUCAGCGGAUGAGAUUAUGCCUAUGCUCAUUUAUACCUUCAUUACACUGCCUCCAGAGCACCUUCACGCCAUAAGCGAUCUCAACUUUAUCCAAAACUUUCGGUGGGAGCAGAAGCUUACUGGUGAAGAGGCUUACUGCCUAACCAAUCUUGAAGCCACCAUCAGCUUCUUACAAACCGUUGAUCUUGCCACUCUUAGAGAAGACGAGCGUCCAUCAGGGCCAGCAAAGACACCAGGUCUGCCCGGAACACCCAAAGUAGAGACAUUUCCGCCAGCUUACUCUCAGGGGCUGACAACCUCGCCCCAGAGCACGGCUGCGGUCAAUACUGAAAAUGCCACGGCCCCCAAGCCGGAAUCAUCGACCGCGAACCUCAAACCGGCUGCUUCAACUAUAAAAAGUCGAAGAUUGAGUGACUUGGUCAACACUCCUGCCCAAGCAUUUGGUGCCGCUAGUGAUGCCGUUUUCACAACAGCCGACCAGGGGCUGAAAACUAUCUCAAACAGCCUCGGCGAGAGUUAUAGCUUCCUCCUCGGCAAGCUUAAAGAGCGCCAGGAGGACCCCAAGGAACCUAUUGCCGUCCCAAAAACCCUGGAUGAUGCUCGCAAGCUCGUCAGCACUCCACCCCCCGAAGAUGAAGAUAACACCGCCGCCAUAGCUGACCUGGAGUUGGAUAUACCGAAAAGGCGGGAUGAGCGUGUAUUGAGCAUAAUCGGCGGCCGUCGCGACCAUAGUACGGACAGCGCUCGUAGCGGUCGAAGUGGUCGAAGUGUGAGCUCUUCUAAAAAGGUUCUCUUUAUGGAUGACCAAAAGGCCGGAGCGGCAACUUCGGCGCCAGCACCACAGAGCCCUGCAAUGUUGGAACAGAUGCGAAAUUUGAGCAAUUCCUUCAAUCCAAUGGCACGGCUUUCAGGCAUCAGCCUGGUCCGGGGAUUCGGUCGAAGCACAUCAUCACCAGCAGUCCCGCCUGCAAAGGACGCAAAGGACACAAAGGAGGCCAAAGAUGCGAAAGACACCAAGGAUACCGUGAAGCCUACAGAUGGAGGAGAUUUAGCAACAGCAUUCCCUGACAUUGCGGCUGUCCUACCGCCAAAAGAAAUUCCCAAAAUCACUCCUCCUAACAAACGAUUCAUGGAGCUUCAAAAUCCAGGCGAGUUGAGGCUCAGCGAGGUAUUAGAUCUACUAAAAGAUUAUCGACGCCUAGCCGGUGCGUUGAAGAAUAUGGGCGCAUUUGAAGACAAGUAA